GACACUGGCUGGGAUGUUUUUUCUCUUGAGUAUCAUGUCGACGGGCCGAUCGCUACAAUCUUUUCUGAUGAUUGCCGUCUUAUGUACUUACGAGCUUUUAACUUUUUAUGGCGAGCAAAACGAAUGGACUUCUCUCUGUGUAGUCUUUGGAAACAUGAGCUACUCGCUGCUCGCCUUAGUGGCCAUGACCUCCAGGACGAUUUGGCUCCUAUACUUCAUCUGGCCCAGCUUUUCGGGGCAGAGAUUCGCCAUUUUGUGCAACAACUGCAAUAUUACAUCAACUUUGUGGUACGCUUCGUACAUUGUACUAUUAUCUGCUUUGUUUAUUGUACUCUUUUACCAAUCUGCCUGUGACUCAAAGAAAAGUUAUUGUGCGAAUAGAGAAUAA